AUGGAUCUUGACACCACCACCGGUGGAGGUGCCGAUGAUGUGCUCUUCGGAGACGGUUCUGCUUCCACUGUGCCACCCUCGUUGCUCACUAGCGCCCCCGUGAUUGACCUUGCGAUGCAUCCGCUGCUGCCACUUUUUGCUGCGGGUCUCGUGACGGGUGAGGUGGAGGUGCACGAGUAUCGCACGACGGAGACUAGGCGGCGACCUAUUACGCAACAGUACUUUAAAGGUGAGACCUUGCAGGAAACAAAUCCGUACAAUCUCCGCAUGCACCCUAAGGGCUCUGUAUCCGCCAUGGAGUUUACCGAAGAUGGGAAUUAUCUAGUGACGGCAAGCAGUGAUCGCACUAUAAGUGUGUUGGACUGUGUGGCGGAGCAAAUCGCGAUUCAUAUUGACGACGGGACUACAAAAAGGAAGAUAACAACUCUGACUGGUAAUAGGAAAACCAGUAGUAAGAGUGCUCCAUUGGCAAAGGUGUCCAAGAAGAAUAAGAACCCCCACAAGUUUGGCAUCUCUGCACUAAAUGUAUGUGAUGUGAAUUUGUUGGCUACAGGUGAUGAUGAUGGUUUGAUUGCUAUAUGGGACAUGCGUCAGCGGACGCCGGCUUUUUGUUAUCAUGAGCAUGGUGAUUACGUCUCACAGAUGAUUUACUUCUCCGAUAUUCAAGAGCUUGUCUCAAGCAGUGGUGAUACUUGUCUCGGGGUGUUUGAUCUGCGUGGGGGAAAAAUCCGUGACUACAGUGAGAAGCGUAAGGAUGAGUUGAGCUGCUUUGCGUUUGUAAACAACACAGGGAACAACACAAGCACCUUCAUCCCCAGCAUUGUGUGUGGAACCCCAAAUGGAGGCCUCCCCGUGUGGAAAUUCGGUUCUUGGAGACGACCAUAUGACAUUCUCGAGCGGCAUCCAGCGGAGUGUGAAAGCAUCAUCUCCUUCAACAACCCUGAUAGCACGUUUAACCACAACAUCAUCCUUACUGGGGCAUGUGACGGUCUGGUUCGUGUGAUUCAGAUGUACCCUGUGCGCCGCAACCUGUGCCAGCUCAGUGCCAGAGACUUUACCUACUCGCACAACAAUUCGAUUGGUGGGAAGAGCAGUGGCGGGCACGCCAACACGGCAGUGCGCCGCCAACGAGGUAAUGAGGGAAUCACCCGAAUGCGAUUGAGUCACGACUCAGCAAUACUCGCAGUCUGCGGAACGGAUAAUAUUAUUGACUUUGUUGAUGUGCGUUUUCUAUCAAAUGAGCGUGAGUUGGAUACGUUGCGCUCGCAGGCGGAGAAGGGGCACUUGACGGUGCUGAGGGAGAUGGAAAAGGAGCGGGAGAAGGAGGAAGAGAUGGAAGCAACCGAAACAAGCACCGACGACGACGACGACAACAACGACUGUGGCAGGCCUGUGAAGACCACGAAGAAAACUAAGCGACGACGUGAGGAUGAAGAAGACGGGGAUAAUUUCGACGAUGACGUGGACAGCGAUGAGGAAGAGGAGGGGGAGGAACCCAAGACGGAGCGUCAGAAGAGGCGGGAGCGCGUCGCUGCGGCGAAGUGGCUUAAGGCUGAGAAGCGAAAGAAGGUGAAUUUCUCCUUUGAAAAGCGAAGGCGGCGUGUGCAUGGCUUCUUUGGGGACUUGAAUUCCUAA